UGUGUUUGUUUACAUGGUGCCGGUUUUAACAGAAAUGAUUUAUUAUAAAAAAAACGAGAACAAAAAUUUAUUUUUUAUGAUUUAAAUUAGAGUUUAUCUAUAUUUGAUGUAUUUUUUAUAACAAUUAUACAUACUGCAUUAAAUAUUAGGGCUCCAGUAAUAAUUCAUAUUGUACUUGAUUUAGCCAGUCAAUAAAACUCACCGUUAAUGUCUAUCGAUAACUUUAAUAUGAUUGGCUGUUCCGGUACUGGGCACGGGUUCAUUUUGGUGUACCAAUAGACGAACAGAAUUGAAAUGAUUUAAUAUUGUGUCGUUAUACUGUCAGAAUAAUGGGCCGUAAUAAAAUAAUAUUAUUUUAUUAUUGUUUACUUAUCGUCAAUGUUUCGUGCAGCAAUAUAAAAAUUUAUGAGUCUUCACCCGAAAAAGAUUUAUCAAAACGUCUCAUUAGCGAUGCGAGAGAAAUAGUGGAAAAAUGUUUUACAAAUAAUUCAAAUCCAAUUGUAAUCAGUGCUGAUUUAAUUAAUGACGAUGACAAAGUUAAAAAUCUGUCCGACAUUAAUAACAUAAAAUCGUCGUUCAUUAUCAUAAACGAGGAUUUCAAGCCAACUAAGAUCGAAGGGUACAUUCCGGCUUAUCCGGCGUAUGUCCUUUUAUUUAAAUCGUUUUCAAAACUGAUGGUGCUUAUUGAAGAGUUAAUGAAAUCAAAAAUCUGGAGUAUCAAGUCUUCGUUUUUUGUUCUCGACACUACGAAAGAUCCUCUUUAUAUUUAUGCUCAACCCGUACUAGCAAUGCUAUGGGAACAUGAUUUAUUAUCUUCGUAUUACUUGUGUUAUAACAAUGACAGAGAUUCAACAAUUGUUUAUACUUUAAAUCCCUUUACAAAUUACGCUCCGUCAUUAUGGGCGCCAGUUGAUACCAGCUACGUAUUUAUAGAGAAAGAUCCAAAGAAAAAAAAAUGGACAUUCUACAGUUUAAAAUAUUCGAAAGGUGAAAAAAUUUGUCAGAAUAUAGUUUUUGAUAAAACAGAAAACUUAGACCGUUAUGAAAUAGGAACAAUAUCUUUUGGCCGAUUUCCGCCUGUGACUUCCGAUGAAAAAUUAAAAAUAAUGCGAAAUUAUGUAAAGAUAAUGACGAAUAAAAAAUUGACAACAUUAUACACAUUAUUUCCGUACAUUAACGCGACUUAUUCGAUCCGUUUUUUUCAACAACAUUUUUUCGAAGCAAUGAUCGACAAUGGUUACAUUAAACAGUUAGUAAGAACAGAGUCUGAUGCCCAUGAUAAAUUAACGCAAUUAUCAGAUACUAACUAUCAGUAUAUGGAUAUAGUAACACAUUAUAAUGAAUAUGAAUAUUUAAUAUUGACUAAAAAGUCGAACUAUUUGACAGUCAUCAGCGAAAUAACUUACAAUCUACAAUUUAUUGUUCUUUCAAUAGUUUUUCUGUUAUUGAUAUUAGUGGUCAUAUUAAUUAAUAACACCUUCAGGGUUAGUGAGAGCAUUAUGGACGUGGUGAGAAUGUUGGCUAAUAUGGGAGUUAUGUCUCCAAUGGAUCGUUUGUCUAUGAGAAUCAUUUACUUGUCCGGAUUUCUAUUUAUAUUUAUAAUAAUGCCCGAGUUCCAGGGACAAAUAUCCGCAAUGUUGUCGAAACCCAUCCGACGCAACAUCGAGUCACUUAAAGAUCUUCGAGAUAAUAAAUACCACGUUUAUUAUCACGAAAUUUUAGUGAAUGAUAUGAUCAAUAAAAAAUUGUGGAUUACGGACGAGGACAGAGGAUAUUUGCAUCCAUCAAAUGACACAAUUCUUAAAAAAUGCACAUACCAAGCUCAAAAAAAUUCAACUAUUGCAUGCAUCGAUGAAAGGUUGGAUCUAUUAGAUGCUGCUUUAAAAUUAAAAAAUCUACAUAUUUCGAAAGACGUUAUGUUUAGAAAAUAUUUGGUAUACUGGACAAGGAAAGAUUGGCCCCUGAAAGAUAGAGUCGAUAAAAUUGGUGCACAAUCGGUAGAAACGGGUUUAGUUAAUUAUUGGCAUGAUAAACCGAGCAAAGAAUAUUCGAACAAAUUAAAGAAGAUUAAUAAAAUUAAAGAAAAAGAAAAGUAUGAGCAGAUCGACUUUGAUAAUUUGGUGUUCAGUUACAUGUUCACUGGGGUGGUUUUACUGUGGGGCGUGUUCAUUUUUGGAGUCGAACUGCUCUUUCAUAAGUAUUCAAAACUUCACAGACAAGUUCUGAUACGGCGACGGUUUGGAAAUAAAAAGUCAUUGAGAUCGCAACCGAGAAUUGUUUUCUUUCCUGGUCGGAUGGUUCUUCUUAAUAGCCGCGAGUGAUUUUUAUCUCGGAACCAAGUAUCAAAUUAGUAGUAAAUUUGCUAUUAGUAUUCACUGUUUGUUAUAUGUGGAUUUGAUGAUUGCACACAAUGAUAUUUAAAAAAAGGUGUCAUCUGCAGGUUUUGGUCGAGCAUUAAAUUAUCUACGAAAACGGUUGAUUCAUUCUUCUUCUCAAAAUCGAUUCUUGAACCUCUAUAAACUCAAAGUUCGAUAAGGAAUUCAAGCUUCAAAGAAUAAAACCGUUGCUUAAAAUUUGUAAGUGGAAUAAAGGUUUUGUUGCUUGUUAUAAACAAUUACAAAUCAGCGAUUUGCAUGUAUUAAAUGUAUUGAUUAAUGAAAUAAAACCCAAUUAUAAAGUUGUUAAUCGAAAAACACUUGAAAUUUAAA